AUGGAUUUACGUUUAGUCUGGGAAAUUUCAGUGUGCCUCGCUUACUUCGUUGCAUGUGUUACCAGUCACAGUGAAACUAUAAAGAACGAGGAGGAGUGCAAGAUAGCGGACCUGUGCGUGCACGACAAGGUGCCGAUGUGCGCGAUCGACUCGUGCGGCGAGAUGAGGACCUUCAUCGACACCUGCGACAUGCACGAGUUCAACUGCGAUAGCAAGAAAGACUUCAAGCAGCGCCCGAUCCACGAGUGCUGGGUGACCUGCAAGAGAGGAAGGUCCUUCAAGAAGCCAGAAUAUAGAACUGAUUGUAACGUUAAUAAUAAAAAUAAACUUUAAGUCUAAAAUAA